AGUUACAUAACCCAGACUAUUUAACAUGUUAAUUGGAUGAGAAACAAAAACACUAAGAGUUGUCUGUAUCAACAGAUGUUUCUGAUGUGAUGCAGUUCAAUUGGAUCUUGCAUGCACACAGCUAACUACAGAAAGAUCUCAUUUACAUUCAAUAGCAUGGAGGAUGAAGUCAACCGCGAAAGUAAGGAGAAGUUUACUGAAGGCAGUGGCUUUCUCGGAGGCAUCAGGCCACUUCAGCUUCAACGAAGAAAGGCUCAAAUUGUAGUGGGCUUUGUCCUCGUUGCUGUGGUGUUCUUCCUAAUUGGUAUCUUAAUUGGAUACUUAGUCACGAAGACAUCGAAUAGUGAAAGCUGUUCUCGUCAAGGUGCAGACAAUGACGAUAAGAGGACGGGUGAUUUCCAAAAGUUCCAUGAUUUGUUUAAACAAACGAUUAGGACCGAAAAGUUGGAAUCUCUGAUGAGGGAAUUUUCAACACAGCCACACAUCGCAGGAUCUUCGAGACAGCAUGAGCUUGCAAAUACACUUGCCACAAAUUGGAAAUCAUUUGGUUUCGACAAAGUAGAGAAACCCGAAUACAAUGUUCUCCUGUCUUUUCCACAACCAAACAAACCGAACAAGGUCGCUAUAAUAGAAAACGGUAAAACGAUCUAUGAAAUAGCAGGAAAAAUUAAGAUAUCCCCUGAUCCAACCAGCUCUGAGACAUUCGAUCAUUAUCCUUACCUAGCAUAUGCGCACAGUGGUACUGUUGAAGGUGAUCUGGUCUAUGUCAACUAUGGGGGAGAUACAGAUUAUGAAAAAUUAUCUGAAAUGAAUAUUACUGCGCGAGGGAAAAUUGUCAUCAUGCGAUCCAGAAGUGUUUCCAAUGCUGAAAAACAUGGAGCAAUAGGAGCGCUGGUAUUCCCAGACCCAAGCUUCUCUGCCCAGCAAGGAUACGCUCAAGAUCAAGUGUACCCUAAUGGUUGGUGGUUACCGUCAGGGGGGGUGCAGGAGGGCACGAUUUUAUUUGGGCCGUACAAUGGAGACCCCCAGACCCCAUUCCUUCCGUCUAUCAAGGGUAUACAUCGCAAACCUGUCAACGAGAGUGAACUCCCAAAAAUUCCAGCCCAGACAAUAUCUUAUGGCGAUGCCUUGGAGCUACUGCGCAGAUUAGGAGGAUCAGAAGCUCCCGAGUCAUGGCAAGGUGGUUUAAACAUCACAUACCGCACUGGGCCAGGGUUUCACAACAGCAAUAAGGCAAAACUCAGGUUAGAGGUUAACAACAAACCGGAAAACAAGUCAAUCUACAACGUGAUAGGUACAAUUUUCGGAACGGAGGAGCCUGACCGAUACGUCAUCGUCGGUAACCAUCGGGAUUCGUGGUCCUUUGGCGCCGUUGAUGCGUUAAGCGGAACCCCGGUAACGAAUGAAAUAGCUCGUGUAUUUGGAACACUUUUGAAAAAGGGGUGGAGACCGCGACGAACCAUCAAGAUCUGUAGUUGGGGUGGAGAGGAGUUCAACUUGAUCGGAUCACAGGAGUGGGUCGAGGAAAAUGCUAACAUCCUUGCUGAACGUGCUGUAGCGUAUAUCAAUUUAGAUAUUGCCGUCUGCGGAGACUACGUUUUAAGAGCAAGAGCGACACCUUUGUUUAAGCAGAUAAUUCACAAGUGGGCCAAAGAGGUCAAGGAUCCCAAUAAUACCAAAGGUGCAAACACGAUUUACGACAUUUGGUUGAAAAAGACUCCUUCCGAUACCAAUGGCAAAGAACCAAUGAUUUUUAACCUUUUUUCUGCAAGUGACUACGUACCCUUUUACCAGUACAUAGGUGUGCCGUGUGGAGAUUUUGGCUAUUGGUUCGGUUACCCUAACAGGACAUCUCUCUAUCCUGUAUAUCACACACAACAAGACACAUUCUACUGGAUGAAAAAGUUCGUUGAUCAUAAAUUUCAAAUUCAUAGAGCCAUGACACAGUUUGGUGGAGGAAUGACACUGGAUUUCGCAGACCAACCUUUGCUACCAUUUGACGUUCAAAAUUACGCGUUCGCAUUAAACUUUUCAUUCCAUGUUGUCACUUCGUCCCCAGACCUCUCGGCCAAUGGAAUUACUCUUACUGCACUUCGAGACGCUGUGUCCGGGUUCAUGGACGCUUGUCGGAAAUUCGAGGGUAGAAAAUCUGACCCUGCCUUGCUUCAAAAGCCCUACGAGUUGCGAGUGAUGAAUGAUCAAAUGGUGAAACUGGAGAAGGCCUUCAUUUACCCUUACGGCCUGCCUGGUAAAGCACAGGACCGACAUGUUGCUUUUAACUUCGGUUUUCACAAUAUCAGCCCAUCAAAGGCGACAUUUCCCGGUAUCACAGAGGCUCUGUAUAUGGCUAAAAAAACAGGAGACUGGGAUCUAGUUAAGCAACAAGUGUCAAUAGCAACCUACUGUGUUCAAAGCGCCACAAAAGUGCUGGAACCUUUAGCAGGUCGAUAAACGUGUCAAAAAUUCUGAAACAUAUUUUCGUUUCCUGAUUAGUUUUGCUCCGCUAUCAUUAUUCAUUUUCUUAAGUAUCCUCGGUUGCGCUAGUGUCAAUAUAAGUACACCAAAGGGAAUUUCACAUACAAAUUGUGCUUAUUACAAACUGAUUGUCUUCUCCUAUCCAGGACCUCAUGUCCACUCUUUUGUUUUCAAUAGUCUCUUUCAGACAUUUUGAACGUCGUCAAUUCACACUGACAAGUUAAGAGCAUUGCUCAUUGUAUUGUCUUGAAUGACUGUCAAAAAAUCUAACUAUAUCAAAGAAGGACAGUUAUCUAAAAACAAGGCGAUCUGCAAACAAUUUUAAUAGUUUUUACACCAGGUUUAAAAGUACAUUAAGGAAUUGUUGCAGUAAUCGCUCUACUUCUUAUUAAAUUGGAUAUAUCAACAAAGUUGAAAUGGUAAAUUGGCCACCGUAACGAUUACAAAAGCUGACGUUUCGAGCGUU